CAACACAAACAGAGCAUUUAUGAAAAAUAGCAAGUAGUCUAGAAGAAAAAGUCAACGCGGUUGCGGCGUAUACUGUUUAUCAAGAGAGCGCUUAGGUUAUUCAUGUAAUCGAGCCAUGAACGAAGAUGAACCUUCGGUUUUCGAAACAUCGGCAGAUAAUGUAAACCAAACAGAAAUUUCUGUUAGCGACAGUUUUACGAGCAAUCAAAUCAAUGGAGCAUCAGCGCAUUCACCUUCAAGAGAAACAGAAACAAACGAACCAAGCUCUACGGAAAGUGCACCUGGUUUUCCUAGAGGAAACAUUGAAGCCAGUGACGAUAAUGAUACAACGGAAACACCGCAAUUUGAAUCAAGAGCGGCGGCAAUGUCGUCGCUAAAUGCGGACGCUACUGCUAACUCCAGUUGCGUGACUGACGAUGGAAAGAUUGAAGAAAAAAAUUCGCGGCCAGACCUAAAAGAAAGCCACGAGGGAGAGUUGAAUGGAGUUCAGGUGACUGAAGAAAGUCCUUUUCUUCAGUCAGUGAAAUAUUUAGAAAAGCAUCAAAUUCUACGACUUUUCCAGAACUUCGCAGCCCAGAUCGUUUACAAGAGACCUGAUAACCCUCUACAGUACUUGGUGGAUGAAUUAGAAGGGUCCCGAGAAGAAGUGCGUGCGCAUGAGCAAGUUCCAGUAACAAGCAAAGACUCUGAUACACCAGAUAUGACAUCAUGACGCUUCCGUCCCUACCUGGAAGUCUCAUAAUGCAGUUGUAGUUGUGUAGAAGAGAAUUAUACUGAGAUAUCUUAAAACAAAAAAAAAAAAGAAAAACCAAAAAAGAAAUUUGGAUACGUAACCUCAAAGAUCGAAGAGGAUUGCCGUGAGGUUGAAUAAAAUGUUGAAAUAAUCUCUUUAAUUAAAGAGGAAAAUGAACACCAAAGAGGGUCUCAAUGGAGUAAUGGCUUUUAUAGCCAACGGUUAACAUCAUUCCAUUUUUUUCACCAGAAAUUUUAUUUAUAAUUAACUUUUUGUACGACUAUCGGUUAAAAUUUGUCAAUUUUUACGCCUAACGGCGCGGCUACCCCAUCGAGACCCUCACCAAAGAGGAUUGAAUAACGCAGAACAAAAAGUGAAUCGUUCAGGAUAGCAAUGACUCACACCGAAUGUAGAUAAGCUUCAUUAACAUCACGUAAAUUGAAUAGUAGCAAUAGUAGUAGCAGUAGCAUUUUCAACCUCAUUCCCAGAGCCUUUUCCCUUAGUUGGGGGUGGGGCGAGAAACAAAGGGAAAAGGCCCUGGGAACGAGGUUGUACUGUAAUUUAAGUAGCUCAAAUAUUAUAGUGUAAGUAUUGUUAUUAGCUCCAUGUAACGUACAGUAAUGUGAAAAGUAUCAGUGUAAUUAGUGUACAAAACAAAAAGCAAAAAUAAUGUAGUGAUAAUAACAAGAAAACUCACAUAAUUGUUACAUGAUCAUACCCUUCA